GUUGUCUGAUUGAUGCACGGAGGAAGGAACGUGGAUUGAUGCCCGAUUGAAGUGGGCAGAAAAAAAAAAGUGCGCAGCGAGAGUCGUUUAACUUCCUAAAUAUGGAAAGCACGCCACCGACUGUUCGACGUGGCCUUGUGCCUCUUCAAGAGUACCUGUUGCAGGGUAGCAUUAUGGACGGCGCCUGCGAAGUGCUUCUCCACAGGCUUCGAGGACUCUGUGACAACUCGGAUUCGCCGAUCGAAUCGUUUCACGACUACGAAAUGGUCUUUCAGAUAAGAGGUCCUACGGGAACACCACUGUCCGUGAGAGCAAGACAGUCACUCGAUAGUCCCCAGAUGCCAUGGCACCUUCGCUACCUGGGGCAACCAGAAGUUGGCGACAAAAGCAGGCACACCGUUGUGAGAAGCUGUAUAGAUGUCAGUACAUCUAACAACGUUGUGAGCUUUCUCAAUGAGAUGGGCUUCCGGUUAGAUUUUGAAUUUGUACUGAAAGGGCAUAUGUUCCAGAAAGGACGCAUGAAGGUCAUCGUCGCCAAGGUUUUCCGGCUUGUUCAGCAAGGAAACCCCGAGAGCAUUGAGCCGGUCUCGAAUUCCCACAUCAUUGAGCUAAGUGUUAUAGCCCCUGCAGGGCAGGAGUCAUUGGGCGACGAGAUGAAGGCCUUUGCAGAACAGCUGAAACCACUUGUGGAGCUUGAGAAGAUUGACCACACCAGACUUCAGCAUAUUUAAUCUUGGUGAUGACCGAGGCCCGCAACCAUUUUCAUUACCCUGUACAUAAACUUUCAUGCGCAUAAUAAACUCUUUUUUACAUUGUUUGCUGA